UUUGACAACUGGUCGCGACUCCGUGCUCAACAUUUCGUUCCACUAUCGGGGUGCUGAUUCCUUUCUAAAAAGGAUAAUUUUCUUAACGCGGAAAAGCAUAGAAAAGUUCAAAUUGAUUCGGUUACUCAUUGGAAAAUGUUUUCCUAUUGAAUUACGGUCGAGGAUAUUCAUUUGCGAUGAAAUUACGAAGAUGAAGUGAACGAAUCCGAAAAUUGGGGCGCAUACAAUGAAGGAAUCCGGAAAGUUGAAACGGAGAAUGGAGUUCCCUCGAAUGUCCUUUUUGCUUCAGUUGUUCGUCGUCGGGUAGUUCGGAAUUAUUGCGUAUUGUAAAUGUGCUAAGGGAGUUUUAGCGGAGUAUACAGUUGGAAAGCGGUCGCGAAGGACAUAAACGGUAUUUGGUAUCUCUAGCAGGUGGAGACGCACCCGAUUUCGGAAUUCUCCUGUCUCCACCCUUCAACCUUCGGUGAAUAUAAAUUGCGAUAUUUAAACAAAAAGGAAUAUUUUCCUUCCGUGCAAUGUUGCGUGUGCGAGUAUGCGUGGCUCGGUGUUUCUGCAGUGUAACUGUAUAAGAGCGGAUAUUGCAUUUAUUUCCGUUUUUGUGGAUGCUUAUAAUCCUCGGGGAGCCGCGUGCUCGUGAGCCGCCUCUCAAGCUUGCAGCGGGAUUAAGCCGUGAAGGAGGAAGGAUAACGUGAAGUUUUGGUGUAGUGCAAAUGGUCUGUUUGAAUGGUUUAAUGCAUUUUUGAGUACCCUCCUCUGCAAAGGAUAUGCCCUUCUGUUUGUGUUUACUAUGCUUCACGGUGUAUGUGUAUAAUACAGAAAAGUGGUGCCAGUUCGUUCUAAAUUUGCUGGAGUCCCGCGGAAAAGCACUUAAUUGCUAUUGAGUGCGUGCGCUUGGGAGCUAACAAACAAACUUAUACCAUCAUGGCGGUAACUACGUCACUGGUUUCCGCUUGCAAGAGUCCUGCAGCUUCCCAUAUGAUGACUUCUCGUACGUGAUUGCAUGCAGAUGGAUGCAGGACUGUGUGAAUUCAGUGUAGGUGGCGCCUAUAGGAAUAACAGCGUAACCAACGAAGUGCAACAAAAAGAGCGUAGCCCAGCAUAAAGGACGACCAGAGCAGGAAAUGAAAUGAAAUCAUUUUGCAAAUAUUGUUUAUUGGAGCAAACGAAAAGACGACGACGAAAAGGACGUCGAACACGACGACGAGGAUAACGAAAAUAGCGGAAACUAUCACAAGCACAAUAAUGGAAUUCCUGUAGAUGUGUGCGGCUUGUACUCGAUUUUUUCUCAACAUUCCUGUGUUAUUGUUGGCCUUUUGUUUUUGUCAUUGUUGCCACUAUGACUGCCGUUAAUGGAAAAGCGGAAAUCAAAGCCGAGCGCUGAAAAGGAUUUUGGUUUCACAUAAUCACCUGAAGCCUGGAUUCGGAUUUUCGUUUCUACUCCUCAGUCCUGGAUACCAUUUCCCUCGUCAUCUGACUGUCACCGAUUCGUCAUCCAUCUUGUCCCCCGCUAUUCUGCUACUCGACGCCAAUGGACUGCUCCUAGAAGCAUCCAGCGUGGAUGAAAACGACAUCCUUGCAUCAUAUGUUCGUCACCGAACUGAUUCUCUGAGUAGAAGCAAAAGUGGAACGUCGUCCUUUGCAUCACUGAAAUUGUCAAAUUCUUUGUUGCACUUGUUUGUUCGUUAAUGCGUGGGAUCAUCGCAUUAAGUAGGUACAAGAAGCAAAAGGACACGAAAAGGAACCAUUUUCAUGUUACUAACUCGCAGAAUGUCGAGGAUGAUGCGAGAACGAACGAAUGUGCGAGCCAGAGCAAGGAAAUCGAUGACCGAAUUGCGGCGAUGAACUUUGGAAAGAGCGCGGGAAUUGCGAGGGAGGCUCAAGGAAAUAUGUCACGGAAAUUGAAAGUAAUGCUACUGAACGAACAACAGCAGUCAGGCAUAGCACUCGGCUCGUGUUUAUUCGAAACACUUAUAAUUUCCGCUUAGCGAUUCUUGUUAUUUUACACAAAUGUGUCGACAGCAAUUACGAACUUCAAAGAAUUCAAAUAAAUGACACUGAAAUUUAUAAAUAUAGUAAAUAAGUGCUUUUUGUGUGUGAAAAUGUGAAAAUUGAAAAUGAAAAUGUGAGAACUUGUCUAUGAAAUGGUAAAAGAAUUCGCUGUAAAUAUAAAUCGCCUCUAGAACUAAUCGAGCAUGAUCCGAGAGAUAGAGCAAGGCGGCAGCAAAGUGAAUAAAGUUUAUAGUGGUUUUUCCAGCUAGUCUUACAGGGCGGUCUCAUUUCAGAUUAAAUGGUAAAAUUUAAAUAAUAUUCGGAAUAAAAUAGAGUAUUUUUAAAAUAAUAAAUGGUAAUAAUUGUAACAUAGCUAAUAAAAUCAAUUAAUAUUACGCGGUUUGAAGUUAUGUUCGCAUAAUGGAUCCGAAUAAAAGCUCUUCUUCAAGUAGUAGUGCACAAUCACAACAACAACAUCAUCAACAACAACAGCAACAGCAGCAAGCCCAUUUGCAGUCACAGUCCCAAUCGCAUAAUCAAUCGCAACAAAUUAUUGGCAACGAAAUGGUACCGAAAAGCAAGUCACAGCUGAAUAAUAGCAACAAUAGCAGCUCCAGCUCCACGGGCAAUUAUAUCAAUGUAGCACCCGUGCCAAUUGGGGUGCAAUACCAUCGUCGAAAAUUAACACCACAGGAUUAUCAGUCGCGUCUUCUGUACAGCAGUGGCGAUUACAGUCGUGAUCGCUGCCGAGGCGACGACUUCUACUCGAUAGCGACAUCAGCGUCUUCAUCGUCGUCGGCGUCUUCGUCUUCAACAUCCCAACAGCAACAAAAUCAACAUCAGCUUCAACAGCAGCAACAGUUGCAAGGUGCCGAUGAAAUUGAAAAUAGUUUAAAUAAUAGUCGUGUGGCUGCCACACAAACUAGUAAUUGUGAUCAAGUUUCGUCAGGAACUAAUAACGUUGCACAGCCACCGGUCCUGUAUACCGUUCAUAGGGUUGUUACCACAGCUCAGAUACAAACGGCUGCUGGCAACACGUUUGCGGCAUCGUCUAGUGUUUCAAGUGUAGUUAGUGCAGUUCGAAAUGAAGCGGAUUGCAAUACGAUAAAUGUGAGUGUGUCAGGAGCGACGGGCGGAACAAUAGGAACAUCAGGAACGGGGAGUAAUAACAGCAUCUUACAUAGUUCACCUGGAUUAAGUACAAAUUCGAAUUAUCAGCAACAACAGCAGUCGCAACAGCAACCACAACAGCAACAGCAACAAGUGACGACCGGCAAUAAUGGCGAUAUGCAACCUUCAUCAAAUAUAUCAAACAAUUACACAACGGCAACCUCAUCGUCUACAAAUUAUUCAAUUGGUGCUAAAUCAUCGACAUCGAUACCUAGGCCUCUGCAAAAUGUGAUACCAACAUGCGUGUACUUAAUGUCACGUAUCGCUGUACAUAUGGAAAUCGAAGGAACAGCACAGUGUCCGGCGCAAGUGAUGCUCGCUGCUGCUCUGGGCUGUGAAGAAUUAGGAAUAGCAAAUAAAUUAUUAGCACAAAGUAUAUUCGGUUUAUGGAUGACCAGUGCACUCUUAGAAAUUCAAUUAAAAUCGCAUCAUCGACCAUACGUAGUUAGAGUAGCGUGGCCAAAUCUAUUAGAGAAAUUCAGUCAGGGUAAUCCGAUAGAGAAGAAAUACGACGAACCGAUGAUCGUACUCAAACGGAACGUUUUCUUUUCGAAAAAGGAUGAAGAAAAAAUAAAGGAUCCUCGGAUACUGGAACUUUUAUAUGAGGAGGCAAAGCACAAUGUGCUGGCUGGACGUUAUAUCAUGGAGUCCGUUCACUCCAUAAUGCUCGGAGGCAUUCAAGCACGAAUAGAAUUGGGUCCAUAUAAUUCGCAUACGCAUACAAUCAGUUUUUUUCGAGAGAACCAGUCGAGAUUUCUACCUCAACAUGUUGCCAAAAAUUCGAGUUGGUCCUGGUUGCCGGUCAGCAGGAAAAACUCGGCCGAAGUGAAACUUUUAGAGCAAUUCAAGCGGGUACCGCAGGCCGCAACAACGAGGAAACUGAUGCGAAAAUACUUGGAAUUCUGUUGGGCGCUUCCGUUUUAUGGGGCUGCAUUUUUUCAUGGUCAAGUCGAACAGCCAGUUCGAGGUCUUAUGAGCUUAGUUAAUCACAAGGACAUCUCUGUAAUUAUAGCAAUCAAUGAACGAGGGGUUUUUAUUAUAGAUCCUUUAGAAUGUACUUUAUUACUCGGAUUAAGAUAUGAAGAUUUAUCAUGGGAUUAUGCAAAACCAAGUACGAACGAUGAUCCCGACUGCCAGACGUGUAUAUUUUUACAGUUCGAUGCGGUGGAAAAUGGCAUAGCGGUAUCGAAACUAAUGCAAAUAUUCUCACGACAAGCAGCCAUGAUGGAUGCCUUAAUAGCACAUUUUGCAGACCAAAUGCGACGACGACGUGAAGGAGCUGACGGACAGCCAGCAGAGCACAUACACGAUGAGCCAAAUCCAAUACAGAAUAACGGAAACGGUGUACUAUGUAAUAAAUUAUCACGUUUAACAUUAGCAACGUUUGACGAAGAAGGACGAUGUAUAGGACAAAUGGGAUCGCUAUCGAUAAGUUAUUAGCAGUUCAUUUAGUGGUGUAGGUUUUCCAAGCUUAUACCCACUUUUUUGUACAAUAGGAAAAGAAGAAAAUGUAAUAUUUACACCAGACAUAAAUAUACAUAUAUCACAAUAAAAACAACAAACACUAAGACAAGACAAACUUAUUCUGAUUACAAGAAUUUAUUGUAACGAAAAAACUAUCGAUGAACGACAUAAUGCAAUCAACUCUAUCCUAAUGGAAAACAAGAAGGAUAUUUACAGAGCCAAUUUGGACUUUGAGGAAACUUUUACUAUUUCGAUAGCUAAUGAAGAACUUGUUACGAAGUUGAACAGGCAAAUGCAAGGAUUCUUUUUUUUUUGGUUACAAGCAUCGAUUUUGUUUCCCAGCUUGUAGAAGCGUUCCCUAUUAGCCAAAUAUCUGUUCUUCCAUUAAAAGUUAAUUUUAUCGAAAUCCUCUUAAGCACCCCCGAAAGGGAUUAAUCCAUAUAAGGCCAGUUGCUGGGUUAUCCAAUUAGUAAAUAAUUCAAGGUGAAGGAUCUAUCAUUAGAAUCAUUUCAUUUGGCGCCCAAUUUGUCUAUUUUAGGUCUUUUUGCCCCAUCAACCCCACUGUCAUCAUUUGAGGGAGAAAAAUAAAAUCUAGAAAAGAUAUUUUUUCCGAAAUUUGUUUGUAAAAGUCGAGGUAGGUAACAAAGAACCUAAUAAUAUCACGGCCGUUGGGUUGUGGACAAAACCUGGCCCACUAGGUUGGGGUGGUCAGGCCUCUUUAUCCUUAUGGGUACAGAUUAUCCACUCCGGAAAACCCAUCAGGAAAAAAAAUAACGUGGUAGACUCUGCCACAAAUAGGGCGAUAGUGUAGGGUAUACAGGCAGGGAACCAUUAAACAUAUUGGAUUAGUGAACCUCGGAGCAAAGCGCGAUAUUUGGAGUCUCUCAUUAAAGCUGGCCUAAACCAGACAUCGACUGUUGUCCCAUUAAUAAUGAUAAUUAAUUAAAAUAAUUUGCAUCAGAUGCUUUGGAGUUUCCCAAUACCCCUUAUGAUGGAUUUUGAUAACAAGACCUUUCAAAAAACUACUCAAGAAUGACGCUAAAUUAAGUAUACUAGAUCCCCAAACAAGGUAAAUGUCUUCCGUCGCACUGCCUGAUGUGAAUUGGGAUCAUUUUUGGACAAUCUGCCUUUCACUGCUAACUAGCAUAAAAAGUGGUUCAUUUCUUAACAGGAAUGUAACUGGACAAACCCCUUUGCUAAACAGUUCCAAUCCCUAAACCCAUGUUAAUACUGAAAAACGUCUUACUUUUGACAGGAUUGUAAUAAUAUAGUUUAUUGCGAACUUUUACAACUAGGUGCCAACAUUUAUGCCAACACCUGCAAGGAUUAGAUGUUGACCUGAUGAGGAAGAGAACUCGGCUGACGUUGGGAGAUCUCGAAAAAAUAAAUCAACUACUUCGUCGGAAAAGAAUCUCCAUUAGGUGUAUCUGAGUACUCAUAAUCAAAUAUUUUACAUUCCAACCCAAGUGCUUCUUAAGUACCUCCACGUUAUGAAAGUGAAACAACACUUUUCUCUGUUAACCAAACCAGGUCUCUUCCUCAACAGAUCAACAUUUAACACAGUUAGCACAUAAAUGCCAAUCAGUUAAACCUGGACAACCCUACCUACUCAAAAUGGAUAGGGCGGCUACUGUAAUGAUGGCCUGUGGUGGGUUAUUGGAAAGAUCCGACAAGCACCCCCGUAACAUCGACAACUUUUACAUGGUCUUAAGCAGUUUGUGUGAGGGUCCCAGGACACCUCAUGAAGUCAUGAAGGAUUUAUCUCUACAGCUGGUAAUAUUACGGAAACUAAAAGCACCUUUUCGGGAUACCAAAUAUUUUUUUAAUUCUGGUUGACAGGCUUGUUGUGUGUAAUAUAGCAAUCAGUUAAAAGCUGCCCAUCAUAAUAAGUAGAACUAUUGAAUACUGCUCCCCAUUCAUACAGGUAAAUCGGUAAAUAAGUGGACCCCUCUUGAGUAUCUUAACAACGGAGUUGUUGAAGGUGCCUAGAGCCUGGGACUACCAAGUCUGUGCAAAAGAUCGGCUCCUGAUCAAGUGCUUUUUUAAUGAUCUCAAAUCAAACACGUUUCCUGAUGACGGCCUGGAUUGUGUGGCUGUGAGAAAGCGGUACUGGUCUAUAACCUGCUGCACAGUUACUUAUUGCGCUCAACGAAUCUUUGGUGCAUUAAGGGCAGUAAGAUGUUGCUUUUUCGUAGUAGGAGCGGACAGUAUAGAGGUCCAUUCCCCCAGUCUACUUCAUCAACUGCCCACCCGAAUCUAUUGCAGUAGCCACCACAGAUUUUGGCAGACAGAGCUAUAGUCCUUCUAAUCACAUCGAACUGUCCCACGAUUAGCUAUUUCAACGUCACACUUUUCAUUACAGGGAGCCGACCUAGUCCCAAAGUCAGAAGAUUUCCCCUUUUUCACAGUUUAUGGAAGUGCUUUUUAUACCUGGCUGCCAGGAGUGGUGAUAGCUUCCUCAGUGAGUACGCUCAAAGUUCCUGCACUUUCCUCGAAAUGGUGAAACACCGCGGUAGCCUGCAGGCAUUCAGAUAGAAGCUAUCCAUCCCUACCCCAUUCACAACGAGAAUUAGGACUGGCUGCAACGUAGUUUUAUUUAUUUUGCCCCAAUUAUCACCCACCUGCUAGAUGCCAAGUUUUACUUAAUACUAGUAAUGAUUACCAAGCAGUUAGGCUCGGGUGAUCUUAUCUACUUAACAAUAUAUAAGGGCUUUGGUGCCGGUAGUCGCUAGUAAGCUAAUGACAAAAUCCGUCGGGAAUCCCCUGCAACAUCCAGCACAUUUUCAAAAUGAUAUACUUCUGCAUGGUUGGAACCAUCUGUGGAAGAAGGCAAGGGGAACGAUUUAGGUACAAUGCCUGUAGCAUCUAUACUGUAGAUUUGGUACACGUCAACGUUAUAUUCCCAGCUCUUUUGCAAGAUUAGUUUAGCGAUAAAAAGUUGUUCGGUUGUGGAGUGACCCGGCCUGAAAUCGCCUUGGUUGUUCAGUGUAUGGUCUUAUUGUAUUCUCCAGAAUUUUUGUCAGAAUUUUAUAGGACGAAGAGACAAGUGAAAUGCCUCUGUAGUUUUCGCAACGCAACCUAUCUCCCUUUUUGUUGAUAAUCCUGCGCUAGUCGUCUGGGAUCUCCUCGUCCUCCAAGAUGCGCAGCAAUCUCGUCCGCACCCGGCGCUUUGUUUGAGUUCAAUGACCGCACAGCCAAAUCAACUUCUUCUGUGUUGGGGGAUGUGUAGUGGGGCUACGGUUACCAAUACCGUCAUCGAUUUGGGCUACUUGCAUGAGGCAGCUAGGUGUCAGAUUUAGAGGCUCUCCAAAAUAGAACAACCAGCGUUUGUUGAUGCUGUCGGCAUCGCUGAUGAUGAUUCCACCUUUGCCCUUGGAGAGGCUAGUCCUGGGUUGACAAACAUUCUAAAUUUUAUUCACUAAUCUACAUGCUUGUAUGGUGUUUAGCUAGGUUUUCAUUAAUGUUCAGCAACUGCUGGUCAACAUAUUUUCGUUUCUUACGUCUAAUUAUUGCAUUUGAAAUUCGCUAUAGCUCGUCAUACUUUUCUUUUUGGGCUCUGGUUGCACGUUGGAUAUAUUAUCUGUAGGCUUCGUUUUUUGCGCCGAGUGAUAUUCUGCAUUCAUCCUCAAACCAGUCAAUUCGGGUUCGUCGGGCUUUGUAUCCCACGACCUUCUCUGCGACUACCUUGAUGGUGCCCUUAAGUUCUCCCCAGAACCUGUGUAAAUCCGUUUUGCUGAUAUCGUGUAGCAUAGGUGGUAAUUUUUCCUCCAGAGCGACUGUAUAUACCUGCGCAGUAGCAUCGCUCAGAAGUUUAUCAGCCGCGAAGAUUUUGGUAGGGCUGAUUCCCGAUUGGUGGACUGAGGACAUUCUGCGCCAAAAUGUUGCCUUCACCAAGUGAUGGUUUGAAACUCAGUUUGCUCCUUGAUAGGAUCGUACGUCUACUGGAUGCCCAUCUUUUACCAAUGAGCACGUGGUCAAUUUGAUUGAUGGUAUAUGCGUCUGGUGAUUUGCAGGUUUGCUUUUGACUACGCCGGUGUGGGAAGCACAUGGACCUUACGACAAGAUUUCUACUGCUGGCAAAGUAAUUGACAGUUAUGAUUGCAUUCCUCAUGGAGUCUGUGUCCUUCAGUGGUUCCCCGAUGUCAACUUUCGUUUCUGAUUUUCGCAUUAAAAUCCCCCAACAGCAUUUUGAUACCGUUUGUUGGGAGUGAGUCAAACAGUGUCUCCAGGUGUGAAUAAAACUCGUCUUUCACUGCAUCUUCUUUGACUUCGUGCGCGUUGAUGAGUAAGAGGUUGAAAAAACGAGUCCUGAUGCGAAUCGCACAAAACCUUUCGUUGAUAGGUUUGAAGUUGAUGACGUGCGGUCUGAGCUGUUUGCUCACUAUAAAUGCAACUCCAAACUCCUUGUGACCCGAUGGCUUGUCACUUUUAAAAAUUGUGUACGAAUUCAUGUCGCUUAUUUCGCUGCCAAUCAAAUUUGAUUCCUGGGCUGCCAUCAUGCUCAAUUUGUGAAUAUUGAUCUAUUGAAGGAGGGACUUAACGACCCCUGGUUUGUUCACGGAGCGUACAUUCCAGAAUCCGAACGAAUAGUCCUUUAGCCGUUUGCUCAGUCGUCGUUGUUUAUGCGUCCAAUUCGAUGCAAAUGUUCCAGAUUUCUUGACAUGGAGUAGGUUUUUCAUGGGUGGAUUGUCGGUGACAGCUGCUUCAGGUGGAUAGAAACAUGCCAGAGUUCACACAAUUAAGUGGCAAAUCUGGCUACGUAGUUCGUGACACCCUACUCAUCUGAGACUUUGGUAUAACUCAGCCAUUCAGGCUACAGCUAUCGUUCCCUCCUCAUUUGGGUUUCGUGGUAAUAGAGUAGUGUCAGCAAAGGUUGCCAGUCCUUCGUUGGUAGGUGUUGGUAAGUAAAACCUUCGCAUUCGCUACUAUUUUCAUUAGCGUUAUCCGGCACGCAUCAUAGGGAGCUCGCGGUACGAUUUUGUUUUUUUUUACUUUAAUUUACUAAUUAUGCGAUAGCCAGAUUAGGGCGAUAGAAUAUGUGCAUGGCAUAUGUGAAGACCUGGGGUUCGGAGAACCAGUUGGAAUAAAUUAGGCGUAGGGAACUAGUCUUUAUCCUUCACCAUCUUCAGCUUUUGGUCUUAUCGCCCUGCAAGAUGGCACGUUUACUGAGAAGGUUGGGCUCUUUUAAUGGCAGCUCCUAUUCUCUUAAAUGCAGCGCGCUGCAUUUGUGGCUCCUUACUCCAAGUAAUUAACCAAAAUCAUGCUUUUCCAGUCUCAAUGUUUUCCGAGAUGGAGCCUUUUAUUGCUUUCAUAUUAUGGAGUGAAUCGGAGUGCCGCCAUUAUCGAUGCCUUGCGUUCCAAUUGUGUGGACAUAAGUUUCACACUAAUCACUGAUAUCAACAGAAAGUUUCAUUACUCGAUAAGGGCAUGCUGAAGGAUCGAAACAUCUUUUUAUAGGAGACGCGACUUUCUUCAACCGUACGCCUUGUUCACUUGAUCGUCAACAAAAACCUUCACCAGUCCAACCGAGAAACUGGAGCUAAUUAUUUCCUGAAUUUCUCCCUCUGCAUAGAAUAUGGAUGGCAUUUCCCAUUUUCCCAUCAGAAAUUUUCCGAAACAAAAGGAAGUCUUUUGAUACAUUUCCACCUACUAUAUUCACCCUACGUAUACUAUCUUUGCGCCCUUGGUACAGGCACUAGUUGAAGAACUAGUCUGGUGCUGUGAAGGCAAAUGCAUGCCACAACCGGGACUCGAGAGAGGAAAUUUAAGGGUGAGACUUUUUUUAAAUACUUACUCAAGGAAAUUCCUUCUAAACUUUCUAAGACUCUAUUCCAAAUCAUGCUCUCCUUUCUAGGAGUCAUAUCACCUUGGGUCCUAAAUGAAUUGAUUGGAAAGAUAAAAUCUUAAAGUCUUAAAGUCUUAUCUGGCCUCCCUCGAUGCAAGAAAUAUAUCUUUUUUUGCCCAACUGCUUCCUCCAGCUACAAAUAUAUCUUUUAUGCAGUGCUAAAUUAUUGAAAUCAAUCUGCCGAAUCGAACAGAUACAAAAUAGUUGACUGCUUGAAAUUGAUUCGUUCAUUUGAGAACAGGGGCCAAUUUAGUUGUCUUCUUUGAAUAUUCUCCUUUCAUGAUGCUAAAUCAAAUGGAAUACUUUAUCUGCAAAAACAAACAAUAGUUUCCAGCAAAUUAAUGUGUAAAUAAUUUAUCGUAUGUUGAAAACAAUGUUCGAAAAAGCUUCACAGGAUUCGCAAGAUAUCAACUGAUAUGUGAACUAAAACUGCUGUAAAAUGUACUAACUACACUCCCCACGAUACAUACAUAAAACAUAAACAAGUUGCACUACAUACAUAACUAUAUAAACACUCUAAAUUCGAAACUUUGUAAUUAAGUAGAAAGGAAUGUGUGAAUAGUGAACAAAGAAAGUAAACUAUGAUAACAAUGAAGUAAGAAGUAAUGUUUUAUACCUUUCGAAAAUUUAGUUGUUAAGUGAAAAAAGAAAGUGUAAAAACCAUAAAAACCCAAAAAAAUAACACGCUCUUGUAAAAAAUAACUAUAAAUAUUAUUUGAAUUUAAAAGAAACUAGUAUGGAAUAUCUGAAAUAUAUUUUAGGUAAUAAUAGUGCUAAAUACAAUUGAAAACUUAAAAAAAAAACUACUGUCUUCGCAAAAGUAACUAAAAUCUUUCUGUUCUGAAAUAGAAAUGUUGAAAAAUCACAACCGAAUUUACUUCUUCGAUCAUUCCAGCUUUUUUGAAGCAACAGUUUCAUUUUGAUCUAUUGUUAUACUUUCUAUAAUAACAUUUUGUAGGAGGCUCAAAACAAUUUAAUUUUUAAAACGCCAAGAUAGCUACAUCUUUUGAAAUACGAAUCAGAAAGGACCAGUACUCAUUGUUUUAAGUGAAUGUUGCCUUAGUUCAAAAUGUUGAAACUGCUUUCGGGUGCAGGUACUUUCUACGUAGCAAGCAUUGUAUUCACCUAAAGAACAGGUAAUUUGAAAUAACACAAUACUAACUUUCAUAUUUUGUUAACUAGGAACGUAAGCAACUAAGGUAGGAAUCCAGUUGUCCACAAGAUAUGUUGAAGGGAUUUUACACCCUUUUGAUUCGGUAAAAGAACUAUUGAGCCCCUUUACUGGGUAUAUUAUACUUAUAAACUAUAGUAUGCGUUUAAACCUAUAACCAACAGAAACUUUAUUAUGUUCCCUACUUCCAAGUGUUUCAACCUGGCAUCUGAUAUUAAGUAUUCUCCCAGGUGUCUGAACCUACUUUGCACUAGUGCCGGACACUGUGUGGAGGUGUCAUCACCCUCCUCACAGAAUGUACAGACAGUGGCCGCAGUUAUCCUAACCUGACAGUUUAACCUGCAGGGGCCAGUGAGUAAGCCACUAUAAUCCGGCGCCUCUUCUUGGUUUAAACAAUCUUUCGAGCACUUGCUAUCAAACACCCUGGCCUGUUCCAUUCCUGGUAUCUUCGCCUAGUAAAGUUUUCUCAGCCGUUCCUCUUCAUUUUUCAAUGUCAUCGCCAUGCACUCAUUUCCGACUCCCCAGAAUGGCUCUGACCCGAAUUGGUGUGUCCUUCCUCCUUUCCUGGCCAGCUCUUUACCAGCCAUCUCACAUUCCAACCCAAUAUGGCCUGGAACCCAAAGUAUCCAGACCUUUGUGAACGAGCCAAGAUUAUUCAGUCUGUUAAGGCAUUCCCAUACCCACCGUUGGGACUUAAGUGUCCUAAUAGCCGGUUGGUUUUCGGUUAGAAAAACAAUGUUCUGCCCCGUAUAGUUCCGUUCGAGGUUGAAGGCAGCGCAUAGGCCUAUGGCGUAUAUUUCCGCCUGAAAUGUGCUAAUAUGGUUACCCAGUAGUUCAAAGAGCAUUUUCCUUGCACCAAUGACCCCGGUUUCUGUUCCCUCCGUCCUAAGGGAUCCAUUAGUGCACCAGAUAAUUAGUUGUUGGUUUAUGCGCUAUGUGACAGCCGCUCCCAGUUUGCCCUGUUGCUCCAAAGUACUUCAAACUUCUCAUCGAAGUUAAACCUCGUUGUCAUGUUAUGCCAGUAAUGCGGGAUGCGCCGUCUAGAAUAAAUAUCAAUUUUCCUUGGAUUUAGACAGCUCUCCGUCUCACUGGUACUCCCGGACAUUCUGAAGAUCGCCUUUCUUGCCCCCAUCUGUAUGUGCAAAUGGAGAGGAUUCAACUCCAGAAGUAUCUAGAGAUUCUGUUGGGCAGCGUCUCAUUGUCCCACAGAUACAUCCGCAAGCCAGUCUGUCCGCCCAGAUUACCACCUCAUAUUUAAUCAUUUGCCUUACUAUUGCAGUGUACAGUGUGCAUCCCCAAUAUUUUUCCUUGCUAUGGACCUACAAGCCAUCAGAGCCAUUGUGGCUUUACGACAUAUGUUUUCAACAUGUGUCUUCCAGAGCAGUCGUUGGUCUAGUUAGUGGUCAAAUUCCUUCUUGACCAUGUUAAUGUUAGUAGCGGUUGAUGUCGCGAUAGAAUUCCGAACCUCUUCCUAAAAUGCAAAUAGAACAUCCCCUUCCCCUUAAUAUCACCGUGUCCGAAUGUAAUUUGUGGAUAUGUAUUAUCGCCUUACUUCGGUAGUGUGGUCUCUUUCCAUAAUUGUGAUUGUCAUGCAUUUGGAUCUGUGCAAAGGAGGUUUACUCAGUUCGUCACCUUUAAAAGAAUCUUCCCAACUCAACUUAUCCUGGUCGCCUGAUUCCUCUUAGCCUGACAUCUUUGCAAUACCGAACAUCCCUGACUGUUGCCUGUAUUUUUUUUCAAAUUUUGUCAAGGCUUGAUAAACAACUCAGUGGUCUCCGAAAUUCAAUACUCACAUCGCACAAUAUUCGCAACAUUAAUGUUUUUGAGGUUCCAUUCGCGGAGCUUACAAAAACUGUUCCGCUCAAAACGUCUCA